ACCCCGACUGGGCCUCUUACAAGCUGGGGAUCUUCAUCUGUCUCCACUGCUCCGGCGUCCACCGCAACUUCCCCGACAUCAGCAAGGUCAAAUCCGUGAGGCUUGACUUCUGGGACGACAGCAUCGUGGAGGGUCUUAAAGGAGCAAUGGAUUCGAGCUAAGUAUGAGAGACAGGAGUUUAUGGCUGAUGGGAAACCCCUCUCCCCGCCAGGUAACAGAGAAGGAAUCCUGUGGAAGCGGGGAAGGGACAACGGACAGUACCUAAGGAGGAGGUUUGUCCUGCUGGCGGGAGAAGGCCUCCUCAAGUACUACACCAAGGACCAGGAUAAAGGCCCCAAAGCUGUCAUCAGUAUCAAGGACUUGAAUGCCACUUUCCAAACAGAGAAGAUGGGGCACCCCCAUGGGCUGCAGGUCACCUACCGGAGAGAGAACCACACCCGGAACCUGUUCCUAUACCACGAGAGCGGGAAGGAGAUCGUGGGCUGGUUCAACGCCCUCCGAGCAGCCCGUCUGCAGUACCUGAAAGCGGCCCUUCCUGACCUCCCGGAGGCUGAGCUCGUGCCCCUCAUCACCAGGAACUACCUCAAGCAAGGCUUCAUGGAAAAGACUGGUCCGAAGCAGAGAGAACCUUUCAAGAAAAGGUGGUUUGCCCUGGAUCCCCAGGAGCGGAGGCUGUUCUAUUAUAAGAACCCCCUGGAUGCCUUCGAGCAGGGCCAGGUUUUUCUCGGGAGCAAGGAGCAGGGAUACGAAGUACACGAAGAGCUGCCCAAGGGCGUCCGAGGGAACCGCUGGAAAGCUGGCCUCACCGUCGUCACCCCGCAUCGGAGAUUCGUGCUCACCUGCCCCAGCGAGAAGGAGCAGCGCGAGUGGCUGGAGAGUUUGCGGGAUGUCCUGUGCCGCCCCUUGACACCCCUCCAGCUCCUGGAUGUGUCCAGCGAGGCUUUCCUGUCUGCUGGUGGCCCUGGGAAAAGGCCACAUCCCCAAGCAGAACAGGAAACUUCUGGCCUAGGGCCCGGCUUGUGGGCAUGGAGGAGGAGUUCUGUUUGGAAAAGUACAACCUGAGCAGGUGCACCCACAGAGAGUGGGCACAGCGACAGGUGACCUUCGGCUGAGGAGCUGGCUGGCCACCUGUGUGAAGGAGUUCUUACUGACUCCGCCCCUCAUGCCCAACACAAGCGCCCCAAAGCCUGCAGCCGCCCCAUCAGUGAACUGUGCCCAGACUGAAGCUGAGAUUCAUCUUCCCGCUCCCUGGGCCUUCUGCACGGCCCAGCUUUGGCGAGCUGAGGCUCCGGCACAGAGACGAACACCGGCCCCCUCCAGCACACGCAGGUGUGAGCUCUCAAAGGCCCAGAACUUCCUCAAACCUGGAAUGGGCGCAGUGAAAUGAAAGGGCACCCGCAGCACUGUGCAAAUGGCAUCCUGCCACCCCUCACAAAAGUGAGAGUUGGGGCUGGGGAUUUAGCUCAGCGGCAAAAGCGCCUGCCUGGCAAGCGCAAGGUCGUGAGUUCGGUUCCCGGUACCGGAGAAAAACCAAAAAACAAAAAAUUUAAAAAAAAAAAAAAAAAGUGAGAGUUUAAUCUGAAUCUAACGAUGAGGAAUAUAGACAAUUUCAAAUUCACAUUAGGCAGUUCUGCUGAACAACUAGUCUGGACUCUUCAAAGAUAUAAUCUGGAAAUUUUAGAUUCAAGGGGAUUAAGAAGUGGCAGUCAAAUGCAAGUCGUGGUUCUGGGUUGGAUUCUGGAUUUAAAAAGAACACCACCAACUAUAGGCCUGGUCCAGUGGUAUGUGCCUGAAAUCCCAGCACUCUGGGAAGCUGAGACAGGAGACUAGCCAGGUUUGAGCCUAACAUGGGCAACUUAGCAA